ACUCCGUGGCACUUUUAACUUAACAUUAUAUAAAAGAAAAUUCCGGCAGCGAGGCAACAAAGGCUGUGUGUACAGAAGCAGUUCAGUUACUGUGCAGCAGAGCUUUGCCCCGCUGUGCAACCGAAAACUAUUUUGUCUUCUCACUUUUCCAGUUGUGAUAAGGAACCUUUGACCCCAGUUGUCAGUCCAUUCCUCUUCCUACUGACGCUGCCUGAAUUGUUGAGAGUUUCCAGUGUUUUCUAAUUUUAUCUUGUAUUCUAAAUAGCUGCAGAUCUUUUUUGUAAUACAAGCAGUUUGUAUUCACGUAACAACAUCGCCCUUUAACACAACGACACUUAGGUUAACAAGGCUAAAUUAAUGUUUGUUGUGGUAAGACUUCACAGGUGUAAACCCGAUGCCUGAUAUUUGAACAAUUUAAGUGCCAGGUCAGCGUGUCAGGUCCGGGGGCGAGGGACAGGUUGGUUCCGCUUGCUGCUCCAGAGUGUUUACUUGGCUCUGGAAUAAACUGGCCCUGUGGCUUGCUUCAGCUGCAGUGACGCCUGGCUUCGUGUCUUUCAGAAAAUGUCAGUUCUGAAUGCUAUUUGCUUACUUUUAUUGUUUGCACAAUUUGCUUUUUUUCUCUCUGCACAACGGGUGUGUGACAGUCUUUGCUUUGUGGCUGCCUGUAAGGAGACGAAUCUCAAAGUUGUAUGAUGAAUACACACUUUGAUAACAAAUGUACUUUGAACUUUGAGGAGAAUACCCCAUUAUCUGAUUAAGUUAUCUUUAAACAAAUUUCUUUUCUUUCAUUAGCUUCAGAUGUGAAGACUGGUGCAGACUCUGACAGUGAGAGCCCGGAUUCCCAAGGGGAAGCAAGUGAAGCACUGGAUGUUUCUGAAAUGGACUUACUGAGGAACUUGCUGUCGCGCUCCCUGGAUCUGCAACAGGCAGCACCCGAGCAGCUACUGGAGGAACGGAGCCUGGAAGGGAUUGCCAAGUACAUCCUCAACAAGACAUGUAAAAACAUAAUCUGCAUGGUUGGAGCUGGCAUAUCAACAUCGGCAGGAAUCCCCGACUUCCGCAGUCCAGGAACAGGUCUGUACCACAACCUUCAGAAGUACGACCUGCCAUAUCCAGAAGCCAUUUUUGAGAUGGGCUACUUCAAGCAAAAUCCUGAGCCAUUUUUUGCACUGGCUAAAGAACUGUACCCGGGACAGUUUAAGCCCACAGUCUCCCAUUACUUUAUACGGAUGCUACGAGACAAGGGACUGCUGUUACGCUGUUACACACAGAACAUUGACACUCUUGAGAGAGUAGUUGGGUUGAAAGAAGAGGACCUGAUAGAGGCGCACGGGACAUUCUUCACCUCCCACUGCACCAGCAGUUCAUGCAAGAAGCAGUAUAACUUGGACUGGAUGAAAACACAGAUCUUUACAAAGCCCUUCCCGAAGUGUGAGGACUGUGACUCCAUAGUGAAACCCGACAUUGUGUUCUUCGGAGAAAGUCUCCCCCAUCGAUUCUUUGCCACAAUGGACUCUGAUUUUCCAAAGUGUGACCUUCUCAUCAUCUUGGGUACUUCCCUCCAGGUCCAGCCAUUUGCGUCCCUCAUUAACAGAGUGUCCAAGUCCACACCGAGGCUACUCAUUAACAAGGAGAUCACUCGUCAGGGUGAUCCCAUGAUGGCACUUCUGGGGCUUGGGAGUUCCCUUGACUUUGAUUCUGAAAAAGCCUACAGCAGGGACGUAGCUUACAUAGGUUCCUGUGACGAUGGCUGCCUGGCUCUUGCUGACCAGCUAGGCUGGAAGGAGGAGCUUGAAGGAAUUGUGGAAAAGGAGCACGCUAUGAUAGACAGCAGAGCCAAAGGUACACAGGCCUCAGAGGAGAAAAGCAAGCAGGGGGCAGAGGCAGUGACAGAGACCGAGACCGGGAAGCCUGAUGCCUGAAGAAAGCAGCGCUUGCAGAUGGACCACAGCCCCAGAUAACCAAGCCCGGCAUCUGGCAGGGAGAGUGAACUCUCUUACAAACUCCUUGAUACCUCAGUUGAAGUGCUAUGGAUCUUAACUAUAAAGACCUUCAUCCUCCCCUCUAUCCUGCAAUCUUGUUACUCCAUCAAAUAUAUAUUACAGGUUUGCUUUCUCUUUGAUGGUUUGAUUAUAGAAAUCUAGUCGGGGACCAAUAUGUCCACCGUGGUCGGGAUGAAACUGCAAUUCUUGGCGUAAUUUUUUAACUCUUGUUCACUCUUUCCUAUAAAAUGAUACUUAGGUUCUGCUCCCUGGGAAUUCAUAAGUACCAGGCAGCAAAUGGUAAAUUGUGCACACAAAAUGCUGGAGGAACUCAGCAGGUCAGGCAACUGUAUGGAGAAGGGUGAAAACAGUCAAUAUUUUGGGCUGAGACCCUUCAUCAGGACUGGAAAAAGGAUGAGAGUUGGAGCAGGAAGAUGGGAAGGGGAGGAAGAAGUGCAACAUGGCCAGUGAUAGGUGAAACGGGGAGGGGGAGGGUUGAGGUAAAGAGCUCGGCAGUUGAUUAGUGAAAGAGAUAAAGGGCUGGAGAAAGGGGAAUCUGAUUGGAGAGGGCAGAAAGGAAAGGGGAAGGAGCACCAGUGGGAGGUGAUGGGUGGGUGAAAAAGGGAACUGGGAAUGGUUUUGAGGGGGACAGGGACAAUUAUUGGAAGUUGGAGAAAUCGAUGCUCAUGCUAUCAGGUUGGAGACUACCCAGACAGAAUAUAAGGUGUUGCUCCUGCAACCCGAGUGUGGCCUCAUUGCUGCAGUAGAGAAACUAUGGACUGACAUGUCAGAGUGGGAAAGGGAAGUAGAAUUGAAAUGGGUGGGCUGGUUCCCUCACUCGCCAGCAGUCUGUGUGUGUUGCCUGGAUUUCCAGUAACUGCAGAUUUUCUUAAGUUUGCUGGUAACUGAUGAAUACAGUUUUGUUGGGUUCACAUUGACAUAAAAUAGUUUUGAUGGUAGGGCUGUAAGAAGUCUCUCUAUCAAGAAUGAGGAAUUGGAUUGAUGGAGAAUUGAACCAGAUGGGCAACAUCCUGUAGUAACAGAGUGAAGUUUGAAGUGUGAACACUUUAACUUUAAAAUCGCCAAGUUACUCAUAAUAAGCAUUUACAAAUAAUUAGCUCUGAUCUUUCAUUAAUGGUUGUAUAUUAGAUAUAUAAAGUUUGGCAUGUUUCUGAUGUUAGAAAAUAAAAAGUAAGUAUUAAUUCA